AUGGCUCUAGCAAUGCAAAGAAAGGCAAAUGUACGUUUGCCACCAGAAAUUAACCGAAUAUUAUACAUCAGAAAUCUUCCGUACAAAAUUACUGCUGAGGAAAUGUAUGAUAUAUUUGGUAAAUAUGGAGCAAUUCGACAAAUUCGGGUAGGAAAUACUCCAGAAACAAGGGGCACUGCAUUUGUAGUGUUUGAAGAUAUAUUUGAUGCCAAGAAUGCCUGUGACCAUCUAUCUGGUUUCAAUGUAUGUAAUAGGUAUCUAGUUGUAUUAUAUUAUCAGGCAAAUAAAGCAUUUAAGAAAACAGAUAUAGAUAAGAAACAAGAGGAGAUUGACCAGAUGAAGAGUAAAUAUGGAAUAAACACAUAA